CCUGGUAUCCUGUCAACUCUGUCAACUGUCAGCUCGGUUUCAGGAAGACCUGGUGAGACAAAUCCUCGGGCACCAUGCUGACGGAAAUGGAAAACACCUUGAACAACUUCAUUGAAAUCUACCACAAGUACUCCCUGGCGCAAGGGAGCCCCCACGCCCUCUACAGGGAUGACUUGAAGAAGCUGCUAGAGGCCGAGUGCCCUCAGUACAUGAAGAAAAAAGAUGCCAACACCUGGUUCAGGGAGCUGGAUAUCAAUAAAGAUAAUGCGAUCAACUUCGAGGAGUUCCUGAUAAUGGUGAUCAAGAUGGGCGUGGAGGCCCACGAAGACAUCCACAAGGAGUAG